AUGCCGGUGAACAUGGCUGGGUGCAACACAGAUUGUGUUGAAAAGCCGAUCUCCAUCGGCUUUCAGAAGUUUGGACGACUCGUGGGAACAAACCCAUGGUGGUUUUUUGUUGGUCCUCUGUUCAUCUCCGCAGUGCUUGGGAGUGGAUUUUAUUUCUUAGAGGACCGCGAAGCCAAUGACAUCGAGGACCAGUUUACACCUGUCAACGGUCCUGCGAAACUGGAGAGGCAAUUCGUUCAGCAAAACUUCCCACAGAACGAUUCUUUAUUUUCCAAUCAAAGACUUUACACUGACGGAGUGUAUGCGUCCUUCAUAGCGGUCUCAAGAUCACCUAACAUUCUAACCGAUGCAGCAUUCAGAGAAAUAUUAAGUCUUGAUCGAAAAGUAAGAGAGAUAAAUGUAUCCACGGGGAAUGAGGUGCUAACUUUUGAAGCUCUUUGUGCGAGAAGGUACAAUAAAUGUAUUCCAAAUAAGAUACUUGACAUUGUAAAUUAUUACGGUAAAAGGUUUGAAAGGACAGAACUUACUUUUCCUUUCUUCCGUUUUGGAUUUUCUCACAUUUUUCUGGGAUAUUCAGUUGGAGGAGUUAAUCUUAACUCAACUGUUAUUAAAAGUGCAAAGGCAGUAAGACUCUUUUAUUUUCUCAAAGAGGGUAACCGUUCCCGAACAGAUCUGUGGCUAAACGAAUUCCUUAAAGUUUUCCCCUCCAACCUGACACUGAAAUUCAUUAAGGUUACCCAUUCAACAUCGCUGUCAAGGCAGGUGGAGUUUGAAGCAAAUACAAAGGAUGUUAUCCCCCUAUUUUCUAUUACAUAUGUUAUUGCCAUAGCAUUUUCCAUCCUCUCUUGUUUAAGGUUUGACUGUGUAAGGAACAAAGUGUGGGUAGCUACUUUUGGGGUCCUGUCAGCUGGUCUUGCUGUGCUCUCUUCAUUUGGGAUGAUGCUACACAUUGGAGUUCCCUUUGUCAUGACAGUGGCUAACUCUCCAUUCUUGAUUUUGGGGAUUGGUGUGGAUGAUAUGUUCAUCCUCAUAUCCUGUUGGCAACAGACUAAUGUCCAUGACAAGGUUGAGAACCGCCUCGCAGAUACAUACAAAGAGGCUGCAAUCUCCAUCACCAUUACCACGCUUACAGAUGUGUUGGCUUUCUACAUUGGAUUGAUGACACCUUUCCGCUCAGUGCGGUCCUUCUGUCUGUACACUAGCACAUCCAUCUUGUUCUGCUACAUCUACAGCAUUACAUUCUUUGGAGCAUUCCUGGUACUGAAUGGGAGGAGGGAGAACAGCAACAGGCACUGGCUGACAUGCAAAGAGGUGCCAGAAGAGUGCCCUGUAGGUCAGACAAAAUGGUAUGAUCUGUGUUGUGUGGGAGGGGCUUAUGACCCCCACACAGGCACAGAGGAGAUACAGCCCAUGAAUCACUUCUUCAAAAAAUACUACGGUCCCUUCCUGACCAAAUCAGGAACUAAACUCUUUGUUAUUCUCCUCUACACAAUCUACUUGACCAUCAGCAUUUACGGAUGUUUCCAGAUACAAGAGGGCAUUGAUUUGCGCAAUUUGGCCGCUGAUGAUUCCUAUGUGGUAAAAUAUUAUGACGAUGAAAAAGCAUACUUUUCUGUGUAUGGUCCAAAUAUAAUGGUCAUUAUUCAAGGUGAAUUUCCAUAUUGGGAUGAAAAAAAUAUGUCAGACCUGGAUGGUUGUGUUGAAGACUUCAAAAAUCUGUCUUUCAUUGAGAAGGACAUAUUUACCUCUUGGAUAAAAUCCUAUAAAUACUAUGGUUAUCAUACAAAUCUGAAUCUGAGUGCUGAGAGUGUUUUCAAGGAAAAUUUAGGAAAAUUUCUGAGAUUUUACGCUGAUUUCAAGCAAGAUGUUAACUUUACAAAUAAUUCAAUCCAUGCUUCUCGAUUUUUCAUACAGACUGUGAAUAUAUCCACUGCUUUAGAUGAGAUGAAUAUGUUAAACAAGCUGCGUGAUACUGCACGGAGAUGUCCAGUGCCUUUACUGGUUUAUCACCCCGCGUUUAUAUAUCAUGACCAAUAUGCUGUGAUUGUCAGCAAUACCAUCCAGAAUAUUGCAGUUACUACAGCAGUAAUGUUGCUGAUCUCCCUCCUGUUGAUCCCAAAUCCUCUCUGUUCUCUGUGGGUGACAUUUUCCAUAGCCUCUGUUAUUGUGGGAGUCACUGGGUUCAUGGCCUUAUGGGAUGUUAAUUUAGACACCAUAUCCAUGAUCAUCCUUGUUGUCUGCAUUGGCUUUUCAGUUGACUUCUCUGCCCAUAUCUCCUAUGCCUUUGUGUCAAACAAGAAGCCAAGUGCUAAUGAAAAGGCUGUGGAGGCACUCUUCAAUCUAGGAUAUCCAAUUUUGCAAGGAGCUGUGUCCACUAUUCUUGGUGUUGUGGUGCUCUCCGCCUCUAAAAAUUAUAUCUUCAGAACCUUCUUUAAGAUCAUGUUCCUGGUCAUCUUUUUUGGUCUCUUUCAUGGAAUCACAUUCAUCCCUGUCUUUCUUACGUUCUUCGACAUGUGCAGUGGCAGUCCAGAAAAAUCAAAUAACCAAGAAAAGCAGGCAGUGGAAGGCCAAACAAUGGGAAAUUGCCAUUCAAACAACAAACACGGCCCCUCAACAGAUGACGAGUCUAAAGAGAAACAAAUCUAUGACAACCACACGUUCCUGCCAGACACCCACCAGACAUGUCAGCUUCAGCAACAUUGCUCAUCCAUCUGGACUGUAACUGGUAAUAAUCAGCAGACCCAAGAUAACCAGGUGUGCUUAGCAAGUACUAUCCCAAUGUUCACUGUGGACAGUGAGACAUAUGAUGUUCACAUGUAUACAGCCUCAAAUCAUACGAUGUGCGGUGCCUGCUGUGACUCAAACCAGGAGUGUGAUGGCAAGAAUUGUGUUCUUGGAAAUAGUCACCCUCUACCAGGUGGUAACAUUCCAUCUCUCAUUUGCUCUGAUGCUGCUGGUCCAUGA